CAGCGCAUGGACCUCGGCACUGCAGCGUUCCGGCUCUGCUGGGCGGCGAGGAGCACUCGCCAAAUCCCAAAGCCGCUGGAAUGAGCUCUCUCGUAACACGGUGCACCACCAGUGGCAUUCCAAUGGAAAAACAUCAGCACAAACAUCAAACACAACCCCACUGAGAAACUCCAUUUCAUUGCAGACAGCCAGAAGAACUCGGGAUGAGUGAAAAGACUGAUUUUGAUGUUCAAAGCACAAAAAUCUGUGUUCUCUGUGGACGGACAGAUGACUGCCCUGAAAAGUAUGGAGAAAAAAGGACCUAUGUGGAAUACAAUCUCACUGUUCAUUAUUACUGUUUGUUGAUGUCAAGUGGCAUUUGGCAGAGGGGUGAAGAAGAUGAAGGUGUAGAUGGAUUUUUAAUCACAGAUAUUAGAAAAGAAGUAAAAAGAGCUGCAAAACUGAAAUGUAAUAUCUGUAAGAAAAAGGGAGCUUCAAUUGGAUGUGUAGCUCCUAAAUGCAAACGAAGUUACCAUUUUCCUUGUGGGUUACAAAAGGAAUGCAUUUUCCAGUUUAUGGAAGACUUCAGAUCUUACUGUUGGGAACAUAGACCAGUCCAAGACAUGGAUAAAGAACCUAGAGGAGCUUCACAGUGCACAAUAUGCCUGGAUUUGGUUGAACAUCUUCCAGUGUACACUGUAUUGAAAAGUCCUUGCUGUAAAAAUGCUUGGUUUCAUCGAGAAUGCUUGCAGUAUCAAGCUUUGAGUGCUGGGAUAUUUUUCUUUAGGUGCACAGUAUGUAAUAACCAGGACAGAUUUCAAAAAGAAAUGUUGAGAAUGGGCAUACACAUUCCAGAAAGGGAUGCAUCUUGGGAACUUGAAGAAAAUGCAUAUCAAGAAUUACUGCAUUGUUAUCAACACUGUGAUGUUAAAAGAUGUCUCUGCAAGAAAGGAAGAGACUAUAAUGAACCUGAUAGUAAAUGGGAAAUUAAACGUUGCCAGUACUGCGGUUCUCGUGGGACUCAUUUGGCCUGUUCAUCUGUGAAGGCAUGGGAGAAAAACUGGGAGUGCAUGGAAUGCAGAAGUAUCUUCGCAAAAUCAGGGAAGUAUAGCAAACAGAAAAAGCGUGCUUUGGCUACCUGUGAAAAGACACAUGGAACACCUUGUUUGCUGGAAGAGCCACCUCCAAAGUCCCCUCGGCAGUCAUCUGGAUCUCCACGCAGUUUUCUACUCCAAUCACCAAAGAUAAUGUGCCAGAACGUGUCACCUUGCUCACACCUAGAGCAGCCAGCAUCCAACAGAGUGACAGUGUCCCCAUCUCCAGUGAUGUCAAACAGGAACUGGUCCCUGAGGCACAAGAAUUUAAGACAGCAAAGAAGGGAAGUUUGUAAUAUACUGAAGGAGUUAAAGAUACAAGUUAAAACAAAAACAACAAGUCUUAACAUCAAUGCAGAAAAUAUUUGGAGUAGUGCUUUAAAAGGAUUUAGACAGCGCGUCUUCAGUCCUACAAACACUAUUGAAGUAAAUUUCUCAAACUGCAAAAAUAGAUCAAAGACAAAGACUUCUGCUGUAUCAAAACACCAUUUCUUCCAAGCAUUAAUGCUUCACCUUGAGAAUUCGUCAUUGUUUGAGGGCUCUUCUGGAAAGAACUUGUCUUUUGAUUUUCAAGCUGUAAAAGAAAAUCUUUAUUUUGAAGCUGGUAAAAUGAUUGCCGUUUCUCUGGUUCAUGGUGGUCCACCUCCUGGUUUCUUUUCCAAAACACUGUUCAAUUGUCUUGUCUAUGGUCCAGAGAAUGUGAAGCCAACUUUGGAAGAUGUUGCUGAUGUUGAUGUCGCACAAACAAUAAAAAAGAUAAAAUAUGCAGAUAGUCUGUCCAGCCUACAGUCUACACUACAGGACUGCUGUGAAUUCCUCACUGCUGCUGGCUGUUUAAGACCUGUAACAACUUUGUGUGAUAAGAACAUGCUGGUGAAUGACAUACUGAUCUAUCAUGUAAUCAAGAGAAUUACUUUACCCCUAGAAAGUUUUAGGCAGGGCUUGAAAACACUGGGCAUUCUGGAGAAAAUGCAAAUGCACCCGGAUUUGUUCUCUAGCAUAUUGUGCCACAAACCCGAAAGACUCUCAGCGGAAACUGUUUACGGUCUCUUUACGAUCCAUUUCUCAUCAGAUGUAAAUAAUGCUGAAGGUGCUCAUUUUUGGAUGGGCUAUUUGCAAGAUGUGGAAAAUGGUGACUCUGUAGUAACAUUGGAGGAUAUUCUGCUCUUCGUAACAGGCUCCUCUUAUAUACCAUCUGUUGGUUUUGAUCCUGAACCUACUAUUAAAUUUUUGCAUAUAAGGUAUCCCAUUGGAAACAGACUUCUUAAUUGCUUAGAGCUUCCUAGAACAAAGACAUAUCAGCGGUUCAAAAAUAAAAUGGAGCUCACCAUCAGAAACACACUAAGAGUUGAAAGGGAGUAUUUUUGCUAUUAAACUGGACGUUGGAAACUUGAGUUUUCUGCAGGAACAUCUGCUUUCAGUUUGCUACUGUAUUUUUGGACAACAUGCUUUUAGUAUUUUCUGAUCUUUCCUUCAAAUAAUGCUAAAAGUUGUAAUGUUAUGAGAGGGAAAACUAUUUUCAAAUUAAAAAAACUUUAUCUCCUGAAUAAUUUUCCUUUUGAAAUUUUUCCUUUGACUUUAAGAAUCCUACAUCUCUUGCAGAAGUAGUUUAAAUGUCAGCUUUUGCUGUAGACUGGUAUGAAAUGUUACCACACUCUGUAACAGGUAAAUAUGUGGAUUAUAUCAAAUACUUAGGUAACUUAUUUAGCAAAAACAAACCAAGUACAUUUUGAAGAUAAUUUCAGUAGAGCGCUGUCUUGCAUAAAACUGUAAUGCAGUUCUUCAGCUCUGUGUGGAUUUUUUCAGUAAUUGUUUUGUAUUAAUUCAUUUAAGUUCUGAUGGUUCAUAAAAACCCAGGAAAAUUAAAAUGCUUGUAGUUUUAUGGUCGUUGUGGCUAGUGCAUUGAACAUUGGGAGAAAACAGGUAAAAUAAUACAGUGUAAGAAGAAAAUUCGGUUGAACUUGUGUCUCUGUUUUUGUUCAAAUGUUUUGGUUUUUUCUGCAUUCUACUGUCAUACAUUAAUUUUUAAUUACUCAUAGAACCAGAAUAGUAAAAAACAGAAGGAAAUCUUUGAACAUGCAACAAUACCUUUCAAAGUGAAAUACAGCAGUUAGACUUAAUGUUAAGUAUGAAAGAACAAAAGUUUGUUGCUUACUAGAACAUGUAAACUUGUUGCCAUCCUAUUGCAAAGGUUUCAUACCUUCUCAGUGAUAUCUCAUGGGCAGCUCCUCACAGCACUGAUGAUGAUGAUGAUGAUUAUUAUUACUACUACUAUUAUUAUUCCUCCUCCUCCUCCUCUGCACAGCCAACAAACUCCAUCUCACAUCUCCACCAGCCAACCUGCUCUUUUAGAAUACCCCUCUUAAUUGGAUCCAGCUGUGGCCUGUUAAGGGCAGGCUUGUUCUUAAUGCUGGAUAAUUGGCACAGCUGGAACUCCCUAGGGGUGAGAUUACCUUCACCAUCUCUAUUCUCCUACCUUCUAUCUAUCCACAUAAACUUGUCCUUCAUUAAAGUAUUUUCAUUCGACCAUGCACUAAAACUCUUUGUUAAACUAAAGGCAGUCUACCAUCAAGCUUGUCUGGGCCUGACACUUCUCUAGGUUUUAUUCUAAAUUCUUCCAGUUCAGUCACAGGUGCAUUCUGAGCACUGUAUAAAAUAUAUUUCAGUGCUGCAGUAGUUUGUGCAAAUGGCUGGGCCAUUAAGCUGUAAAAUAUAAGUAGUGAGAUUCCUGUACAGCAACACUUUAAUGUUACUAAUGCUAAAACUGUGGCAUUAAAAGGGCACUUAAAUACAUUUUUUUAAAUGUAUGCUGCCCUCUGUUUUGAAAUUAUACUACUUCCCUCUGUUAGUUUUGACUGCCUGUGCUGUGUCCUUAACAUAAGCUGUGCUAUAGAUGUAAUAUAGAUACAUAUGUAUCUGUAUGUGUCUAUAUGUAUGCACAUUCUUCAAAAUACUGGAAAGUAAUUAUAUACUUUUUAUUAAUAUAGCUUGGUUUGAAUUGAAAAUAUAAGCAGAAUUGCUUUGCAUUUAAAUUCUUUGGCAAGGAAGUACAUCCACAGUAAGUAUAAAUGGAUAGGUGAUUCUGAAAAAAAUAAUAGAAAGUCUAAGCAAAUAAUUGCAAGUCUUAGAUCAGACAUUUCUCAUUAUUAAUGCCUGAAACAGUCUAAUCUCAUCAGUCUUGUCAUUAUAAAUUUAAGAAUAUUAGAAAUCAAGACAGGAUUAGCAGUGGUUUUUGCUUAUUGGCCAAAAGCACAUUCAAGUCUCCUGUAAAAGAAACAUAUCAUCCCUUGGAGAAUAUAAUUUGACUUGUUUAUAUACUAAGCAUUUUCUCAGUGUCUACUUUUCUCCAAUAAUAUUCUGUGUUUCUGGUCUUUGCAAAAUUUUUGACUCUCAUUUUGUCAAUAAAUUCUUUGUAUUCUUAGCCUUCCCAAUGGUCUGUUACCAUUAUAGGGAGAGUGGUUUGGCACAAAUUUGUUUACAUAAUAAGGAUUCAUGUUGUAUGUUUGUAUUUUUCAAAUAUAAAGACUUUCCUGCAGAUAUCAUAUUAUACUUUAAAAAUUAGUGCAGUAUUUGUUUUUCUUGCCUAGCUAAUGAUAAAUGUGUUCUGUAAUGUUAUUCUUCCAUAUGAGAAGUACAGAUUUUACGAAAGUAGCAAGCAGAGUGAGUAAUUUUAAAGGACAAGGACUUUUGGCACCUGCAGUGGCAAGAGAAAUUCUUCAGAACCUGGAACUAAAUAAACAGCAUUUUAAAACCUUCAGUGGAGAAAGAAAUAAUGAAACAAUGUAAACAUAAAGCUUCAAAACAUACCUCAGAUUACAAAACUAGCAUUCACACCUUUUAUUGCUUAUUACUUUUGAACUCAGUAUUUGAAAGGUUUUUAUAUAAAGACAGAACUAACCUAUAUGCCAGCUGUAAAACAUGUCAACUUUAAAAUGAUCUGCAGUACAAUGUUAAAUCCAAUCAUAUCCAAACACUGAAUUUGUAAAAUCAGUAAAAACAUAGUGUGAAGUAUUGCUUGAAAGGUUUUUCUUGCACAGAUUUUGUUCCCAUUGUCUAAUACUAAUGUGUACCCGUUCAGGACAAGUAGUCUUUCUCUUUUCUGUUGAUUUGAUCAGCUCUAUCUAGGGGCUCCAAUAUAAUACUUCAUGUAUUCAAGUUAUAUUCCUGAAUGCUGCUAUGGAAAGGAAUUUCCUCAUUUUCAGCAUUUACUUAUAUAGACCACUCAUAAAUUUAUUUGAACUCUUCAUUAGAAUCCAUUGAAUAAGCUAACUUCCAAACACAGAAUUGUCUCCCUUGUUGUGACAUUGUAAGAACAAUUUAUAUAAAUUGUAAGGUUUUUAUUGUUGUAGCAGAUCACUGAAGUGCAAUAUUAUGGGGUAGUUUUCAUUUUACAUAAACAUAGCCUGAGGCACACCUUGAAAUUAGGGAGGCUGCUUACUUGCAGAAUUUCUGCAACACAGGGAGAAUAAUUGUGUAUGCAUCAGUUGUGUAUUAAAUAUAUUUUAUAGAAGCUGCAUAUUUUAUAAGAUUACCAUGAAAGAACUAUUGCAUCCUUUUUGUGUUUGGCCAAAGAACUUUGCCCCACAGUUUCUGCAUCAAACUUUUAGUUUCCAUCUGGAAUUAGCACAUAAAAUAAGCUAUUUGUUUUCUAGAGUGAUAAUUUUCUACUAAACGGUAAUAUAUUAGUGUUAGUGGGUUUAUUAUGGUCUCCUCAACAAAGUAGAUAUAAUUUUUUAAAAAGUAUUUUAGCUCUAUGUUUGAAAACCCAAGGAACAAGAAAUUUGUGACUUGCUUUGUGACCCAUUCAGAGGAUGCUUACCAGAAAAAGCUGUUAGCUUUUUUAACUGAAUGAAGAGUGAAAUAGAGUCCAAAGGAGAAAAAAUUUGUUCAUACUAAAAGUCUAAACCAUUGCGUGCUGCACCUUUGAUUACUGUCAUUAAGAUGUUACGUCCUGGAACUUGAAAACAUGAGGAUUUUUUGAUUAUCAUUUAUUAAUUCACACUCACAUUCUGCAUAUGCAUUUUGAAAAUAGUAUCUAAAAUCUAAUUUAAAUAGAACUGAAACAUAGAAGCCUACAAAAUAGGCCUUUCAAGUAUAUUUUGAAUCUGUUUUAUAUGGUAAAAUAUGUUUAAAGCUCAGGCUUUUCUGUUUCUUACCUAAGGGAAUGUCUAAUAGGAAAAAAAAAUGCAAAAACUUUUGAAGUGUCAAAUCAUAUAUAUAUAUACACAAAAUCAUUUUCAAAAUGUUAAUGUUUGUACACUCUAACCCUCUGAUUUUUGUAUUACAUAAACGUUAUUUUUAAAAUUGUGAUAUUUAGAAUGUUAUGUAAUACAAUGUAAUUUUGUAAAUUUUUUGUAGCUCUAACUUGAACUCUGCAGGAUCAGUGCCUAAACUCUCUUGCAUCUUGAAGCAAUGUUUUGUAGCAUCAGUGUUGAAAUAAUCAGUAAUUGUGGGAAAUAUCGUGUAUAUGUCCAAAGUGCAAUAAAAGGUUAAAUAUGUA